AUGGCUCCUUCCGCGACUGAGAACUCCGCUGCCCAGCAAUCUGCCGGGUACGAUGCGGCCCGCCCCUUUGUCGGCAAGGUCGCCCUGAUCACCGGCUCCGGCCGUGGUAUCGGACGCGGCAUUGCCCUGGAGCUCGGCAAGCGCGGCGCCAGCGUCGUCGUCAACUACGCCUCGUCCGCCUCGGCCGCCGAGGAGGUCGUCGCCGAGAUCCAAAAGUCCGGCUCUAAGGCCAUCGCCCUCAAGGCCGACAUCAGCAAGCCCGCCCAGGUCGUCGACCUCUUUGACCGCGCCGUCGCCCACUUUGGCCGCAUGGACUUUGUCAUCUCCAACUCCGGCAAGGAGGUUUGGUGCCCCGAGGAGGAGGUUACCGAGGAGCUCUUCCAGAACAUCUUCGACCUCAACACCCGCGGCCAGUUCUUCGUCGCCCAGCAGGGUCUGAAGCACUGCGGACGCGGCGGUCGCAUCCUCCUGACCUCGUCCAUCGCCGCCCAGAUGGGCGGCAUCCCCAACCACGCCCUGUACGCCGGCUCCAAGGCCGCCGUCGAGGGCUUCACCCGUGCCUUCGCCGUCGACUGCGGUGCCAAGGGCAUCACCGUCAACGCCAUCGCCCCCGGCGGUGUCAAGACCGACAUGUACGACGAGAACUCGUGGCACUACGUCCCCAACGGCUACAAGGGCAUGCCCAUCGAGAUCAUCGACCAGGGCCUGGCCAACAUGAACCCCCUCAAGCGUGUCGGUGUUCCCGCCGACGUUGGCAAGGUCGUUGCCUCCCUCUGCCACUCCGACUGCGAGUGGAUCAACGGUCAGGUCAUCAAGGUCACCGGCGGUGGCACAUAA